AUUGCCGUAGCCACCACCCUCGACAAAAAUGCAGGCCAAAGCAUUCAAUUUCAUCCCAUUGAAACCAUCGUCUCCGGUAAUCAAACUCCUGCCACCCCACGUGAUCUCAUUUCCUGACCAUGUUCCUCGAGAGAUUUCCAUAUCUAUACCAAAUCAACAAGUAUCAACUUCAGUACAAGACGAAAAAGCAGCAGCUUAUUGGGAUUAUCAGUCUCUGUUCGUCUCCCAACGAACGGAGACUGCUAAUCCAAUUGUUCUGCUUGUCGUUGAAGGCUCCAUACCGUCAGAUUUCCCACUAGGGACAUAUUAUCUGACCGGACCAGGAUUGUUUAAGGACGACCAUGGCUCAACUGUGCAUCCUCUAGAUGGCCAUGGCUAUCUUAGAGCUUUUACUAUUGAUGGGGCCAAAGGUGAGGUCACGUUCAUGGCCAGAUAUAUUAAGACCACUGCUCAGGUGGAGGAGCAUGAUGGUCAUACCGGUGAGUGGCGGUUCACUCACCGUGGCCCGUUUUCAGUACUGAAGAACGGGAAAAAGAUUGGAAAUACCAAAGUCAUGAAAAACGUCGCUAAUACAAGUGUAUUAAGAUGGGGUGACCGGUUGUUCUGCUUGUGGGAAGGCGGUGCACCAUAUGAGAUUGAAUCUGACUCGUUGGAUACUGUUGGAAAGUUUGAUUUGAUCAACGGUUCAGAUGGAUCAUCGGUAUCAUCGACCUCGGACCAACAUACGCUGGAUCGCCCUCGCGAUGUGUUGGAUCUUGCUGCAAGUAUAUUGAAACCAAUAUUGUAUGGGGUUUUCAAGAUGCCACCGAAACGGCUAUUGUCGCAUUAUAAGAUUGAUGCCGAGAGGAAUAGGCUUCUUAUGAUGUCAUGCAAUGCAGAGGAUAUGCUCCUCCCACGCAGUACUUUCACCUUUUACGAAUUUGAUUGUAAUUUCAAGAUGCUACAGAAACAAGAAUUCAAACUCGAAGAACACCUAAUGAUACACGACUGGGCUUUCACAGAUUCUCAUUACGUAUUGUUUGGCAAUCGCAUCAAACUUGAUAUUCUUGGAUCAAUGACUGCAGUAUGUGGAUUUACUCCAAUGAUAUCAGCAUUGUCUGUGAAUCCUAGUAAGUUGACAUCUCCAAUAUAUUUGUUGCCACGUGUUCCAAUGCAUGGAGAUCAAUUGAGGGAUUGGAAAGUGCCGAUUGAAGCUCCUUCGCAAAUGUGGGUGCUUCAUGUUGGAAAUGCAUUCGAAGAAACAGAUCACAAUGGCAAUACACAAAUUAAAAUACAAGCUAGCGGUUGUUCUUACAAGUGGUUCAAUUUUCAGAAAAUGUUUGGAUAUGAUUGGCAAAGUGGUAAACUAGAUCCUUCGAUGAUGAAUGCGGACAAAGGAGAAGAUAAAUUGUUGCCUCGUCUUGUCGAGGUGUCUAUUAACUUAGAUGCAAACGGAAACUGCCAAAAAUGUUGUGUUGAUCCGUUAAACAAUGAAUGGAACAAAGCAACGGAUUUCCCAGUUAUCAACCAAGAUUUUAGUGGAAGCAACAAUAAGUAUGUAUACGCGGCAACAUGUUCAGGUGUUCGUCGAGAAUUGCCCCAUUUUCCAUUUGAUACAGUUGUGAAGUUCAAUACCAUGAAAAAAUCCACGCAAACAUGGUCGGUGGGCACCCGAAGAUUCAUUGGUGAGCCAAUUUUCAUCUCGAAUGGAAGCAAUGAAGAUGAUGGAUACCUUCUAGUUGUCGAGUAUGCAGUAUCCAAACAAAGGUCAUAUCUAGUGAUUUUGGAUGCCAAGAAGAUCGGGGAGACAAACGCAAUCGUGGCAAAACUUGAGGUUCCUAAAUCCUUGAAUUUCCCACUUGGUUUUCAUGGAUUUUGGGCUCCUACGAGUUCUAAAGCAUAG